ACAAAUAGCUAUGUUCUUCAAAACGGUACUAUGAAGCGUUGCUUAUCUUGGUAGGCCCGUCUUUUGUAUUUUAUUUUAUUAAAAAAUAUGGUAAUUUAAUUAGAUUAAUAAGAAACUUUUUUGUUUUGGGUUCUUUUAUUUUUGAUAUAAUAUAAAUAUAUAGAUUCUUAAUAGCCAUGAAACUAUGAAAAAGUCAACUAGGUUUUGUUAGAAUCUUUAUGUAAUUAAGUUCUUGAUUCUGUUGGCUAUCAUUAUUCUCUAUCUUCUUCGAGGAUUCUUAUUCAUCAGUAUACGGUUAAUUGGAGUAGAAGAAAAUGAGGCAGCGCUCUAAAGUUUCCACACAAUCUAAUCCAUCAUCUAUUAAACACGAGAACAGCAAUUCGGAUGAUACUAAGAAUGUGAGGGUUUUGGUAGCUAAGAGGUCAGAGUAUGUGAUAUUGGCGUUGUUUGUGGUAGCGGCAUAUGGGAGUUGGUAUGUGUAUCAACAUCAGUAUCUCAAUCUGCCUAAGCCACUUGGGGCUGAACAGGUUGGUAAGAGGGGUUUCUCCGAGCAUGAAGCCAUCAAACAUGUUCAAGCAUUGACUCAAUUCGGUCCACAUCCCGUUGGUUCUGAUGCACUCAAUCAUGCCUUGCAGUACGUCUUGCAAGCCAUCGAAACUAUUAAAGAAACAGCUCAUUGGGAAGUUGAUGUAGAAUCAGAUCUUUUUCAUGCUAAAUCUGGUGCUAAUCUUAUGGUUGGUGGACUUUUCAAGGGGAAAACUCUUGUUUAUUCAGAUCUGAAUCACAUUGUACUAAGGAUCUCACCAAAAUAUGCACCUGAAGCAACAGAAAAUGCUAUUCUUGUAUCUUCCCACAUUGAUACCGUGUUUUCCGCUGAAGGGGCUGGAGACUGCAGUUCAUGUGUAGCUGUUAUGUUGGAGCUUGCUCGAGGAGUGUCUCAAUGGGCUCAUGGGUUCAAAAAUGCUGUAAUUUUUCUGUUUAACACAGGAGAGGAGGAGGGCUUAAAUGGUGCUCACAGCUUUAUAACUCAGCACUCUUGGAGUGAUACUGUAACAAUGGCUAUUGACUUGGAGGCCAUGGGUGUUGGAGGGAAGUCCGGAAUAUUUCAGGCUGGUCCCGAGCCAUGGGCAAUUGAAAAUUAUGCCUUGGCAGCAAAAUAUCCAUCUGGCCAAAUAGUUGCACAGGAUAUAUUUAAAUCAGGGGCAAUAAAAUCUGCUACUGAUUUCCAAGUGUACCAAGAGCUUGCUGGUCUUUCAGGUCUGGACAUUGCUUAUGCUGAUAAUACUGCUGUAUACCACACAAAGAAUGACAAAUUAAAGCUUUUGAAGCCUGGUUCUCUUCAACAUCUUGGAGAAAAUAUGCUUGCGUUUCUGCUUAAGGCUGGAACUUCUACUAAUUUUCCCAAAGGCAAGGCGACAACUUCCCGUGGAAAAUCUGGCCAGGAUACUGCUAUAUAUUUUGACAUUUUGGGAACAUACAUGGUUGUAUUCCGUCAGAGUGUUGCCAGUAUGAUCUACAAUUCAGUGAUAUUGCAGUCACUUUUAAUUUGGACGACAUCAUUAAUUAUGGGUGGAUAUUCUGCCAUGAUAUCAUUGGCCUUAUCAUCCUUGAGUCUCAUGCUCAUGUGGAUAUGCGCUAUUGGUUUCUCCGCACUUGUUGCCUUUGUUCUUCCCCUCGUAUCAUCUUCGCCCAUUCCCUUCAUUUCAAGUCCAUGGCUAGUAGUUGGUUUGUUUGGGGCACCUGCUGUGCUCGGGGCUUUCACUGGUCAACAUGUGGGUUAUCUCAUUCUGUUGAAGUAUCUGACAAAGACAUUUUCUAGAAGGAAUGUGAACCUGCCUUUGGUUGUGCGAGAUGAUCUGGCAAAGUUAGAAGCUGAGAGAUGGCUCUAUAAAGCCGGUUUAAUGCAGUGGCUUAUUCUUUUGAUUGUGGGAAACUUUUACAAGAUAGGAUCUUCUUAUUUGGCUCUUGCUUGGCUAGUCUUUCCUGCAUUUGCAUAUGGAUUUCUUGAAGCAACUUUGUCACCAGCACGGCUGCCAAAACCACUCAAAACUGUCACUUUGCUGAUUGGAUUAUCUGUGCCUUUCUUGCUUUCUUCUGGCAUAAUUAUUCAUUUGGUUGCCACACUAAUUGGCAGUGCAGUUCGACUUGAAAGGAGUCCUGGCAGCAACCCUGAGUGGCUGGGCAAUGUAAUACUUGCAAUAUUAAUUGCUGCUAUAGCAUGUUUGACGCUGGUAUAUCUUCUGUCAUAUAUUCAUAUUUCAGGUGCAAAGGUGCCACUUAUUAUAACGACCUGUCUUCUGUUUGGCAUCUCGCUCGCUAUGGUUCAACUAGGUGUUGUUCCACCAUUUACUGAAGAUACUGCCAGAGCUGUAAAUGUUGUGCAUGUUGUAGAUAUGACAGCAGCCAAUGGCAAAAAGCAAGAACCAGCCUCUCACAUUUCUUUAUUUUCAACUACUCCAGGAAAUCUGGUUAAGGAGGUUGAACAGAUUGGAGAAGGAUUUACUUGCGGCUCUGAUAAGCCUCUUGAUUUUGUAACAUUUUCGGUCAAGUAUGGUUGUUGGAGCGACAAAAAUGCUAAUAUUGGCUGGCAUGAGCCAGAUAUUCCUCUGUUUCGUGUUGAGAAUGAUACCAAGGGUGACAAUAGAGUUACUCAUGUAUCCAUUGACACAAAAGUUUCCACACGCUGGACUCUGGGUAUCAAUGCUGAUGAAGUCGAGGAUUUCCAGUUGAAAGACGGUCAUGAGGAGUUAGUUCCAAUAGGUGACAAGAGUAAUGCAGAUGGAUGGCACAUAAUUCAGUUUUCAGGAGGGAAAAAGGCACCAAGGGAAUUCAGUCUGACACUUUUCUGGGCCGACAAUCAUACUCAUAAGUCCCACAAGAAGGAUAGCAACACAGAGCAACCCUUGCUAAAACUGCGGACAGAUGUUGAUAGAAUAACUUCCCCAACUGAAACAGUACUUGGGAAGCUUCCUCAGUGGUGUUCUUUGUUUGGAAAGUCCACAUCUCCUCUUACCUUAGCUUUCUUGAGUAGUUUACCCGUUGAUUUCUAGGAUUCGUGCAACUUUUACCGGACAAAAAGCAGAGUAGCUACAAGACUUUGAUAGGGGUGGCCAUAGUACUUCACUGGUAACAAAUUACAACACGUGCUCAUGGUUAUUUUUAUACGCCAGAGUAAAUGUUUGAUUUACAGCAGCCUAUAAAGUUCAUUAAAGCUUCAAUUUGUUUCUUCGAUACCUGUCAAUCAGCUAACCAAAUUAUAUUUAUGUGAGACUUUUAAGUAUAAAUGCUUUCUCAUAGCUUGCAAUAUUUUUAUCUAAAUUUCCUGCAAAGGUAACUUUGUGUUUAAUUAUUUGUAGAAACAAAAUCUCUAAAUAAUGAUCUGUUGCUGUUUCUAGCGUUUUGUUUCUUCA